GGGAGGGAAGAUCAUUUCCUUUCUGUAGUGUACACGCCGCAAGAAUACACCGGGAUAAGGACGAAACAAAUAUAUAUAUAUAUAUAUAUAUAUAGGGAAGACGGUAAAGGAAAUACCGCAGCCCCGUUGUCUUUUGUUUUGGGAAUUCAUCUAACACAGAACGGAAGACUAACAUGGGGAGAUGGUUCUUCAGGAUUGACUUUCAAUAACCCUCUCCAUGCGAAAAAGUCUGACGAGUAGACUGAAAAAGGCAAUAGCAGUCAGGGAAGACAUGUUUAGUGAUUUUAGUCCUGCGCUUGAGGUAGGAUGUUGAUGUAUUUUCGUAAAAUAUUUCUGUCUCUGGCACAAAUAAGGGGUCAACGGUGAAUGGGCAUAUUAUUCCAGGCACAGUAUCAUUAUUAAGUAGUGUAGUUAAUUAAUUAGGUUAAUAAAACGAUGAAAUAGUCUAGGCCUUCUGCAGACUCAAUAUUGCUGUAACGUUUCAUGACUAACGUUGGUAGGCUAGGCCUAAACAAGGCUAUGAACCGGUGAAAAUUAACGUUGACUAAUUUUGUACAGAAUUUAUUUGUAAUCUGCAUCGUAUCAAUGGCUGUACGGGCAACAAUUUUUAAAGAAACAAGUAGUUAUAUCGAAUAUAUUGAUCAGAUUAUACACAUCUGAUCAUCUUUAAUAUCAAGGGUUGCAUAACAGUGGAUACAAGUGACAGACUAUAUAAAACCCCAAUCGGUUUCUUACAAACCACAGAAAAUAGUUCGACAGAGGCCACGGUAGAAAGGAUAGGUGAAAAUUCUAGCACUAGACAGGGAACAUCAGGCGUUUUUAAAUGUUAAUGUCGACCGACGUAACAUCAAUCAUGCUGCCUGUAUCUCGGGCUAUCAUGGACCGGGAUCGAGAGCUCCAGGACACAAUGGCCGGGGUGCAUCCCAACUCGACCGGGGCUUCUGGCGCAGCUCUCCGGGGAAUGAAGCGAGGAGACCCAGCAUCUGACGCGCAGACGUCGGCAGCUCUUGUGGAAUCGGUCGGGGCAGAGUGCAAGCGUCCCCGGAUUGACGCAUCUGGAGUAGUCGCAGAGGUCGGCCAGAACAAUGACCCCCUGACCCUUGGUUACCAUGGAUACCCAACCCACAGUCAGGGCUCUCAGGAUGCAGCAGGUGGUCAAGAGGGUCUCGUCCCCCCAUCCUUCUCCGCCUUCCCCCCUCCUCCCCCUCCACCCCCCCAGAACGGCUUGGCCCUGGAGUACGGGGCCAGUCUGUACGCCGCAGGGGCCAUCCAGGGGUCGGUGGAGGCCGGACAGGCAGGCCUUAACACCCCGACAAGUGUCCCAAACAGCUUAACCACCCACCAGUCAGAUGUGUCGUCACAGAUUGAUACCCAGUUGGUGAGUACAGGAGGUGUUGGCGGAGGGUCCGUAGGGGACGACUCAGAGAAGGGGACCCCCAAACGCCUCCACGUCUCCAACAUUCCCUUCCGCUUCAGAGACCCUGACCUCCGGCAGAUGUUUGGGCAAUUUGGAAAGAUCCUCGACGUAGAGAUCAUAUUCAACGAGAGAGGAUCGAAGGGGUUUGGCUUUGUGACGUUUGAGACGAGCGCUGAUGCUGAGAAGGCCAGAGCUGCUCUCCACGGAACUCUGGUGGAAGGACGCAAGGUUGAGGUCAACAACGCCACAGCCAGGGUGAUGACCAAUAAGAAAAUGGUCACCCCAUAUUCUAAUGGAGGAGAGGGGCUCGCCACUCUACCUUAUGGGCUAUUAAAUGCCAACUCCCCUACAGCCGGGUGGAAGUUGAGUCCAAUGGUUGGAGCCAUGUACAGUCCAGAGCUCUAUACAGAUUUCUCUGGCCUGUCUCUCUCAGUCCCUGGUUUCCCGUACCCUGCGGCGGCUGCCACAGCGGCGGCGACCUUCAGGGGCGCCCACCUCCGGGGUCGUGGCCGGCCGGUCUACGGUGCUGUCAGGGCAGCCCUACCCCAGCAAGCUAUACCUACAUACCCAGGUGUGAUGUAUCAGGAAGGGUUUUACGGUGCAGCAGACCUCUAUGGUGGCUAUGCUGCGUAUCGCUACGCUCAGCCGACUGCGGUAGCUGGUCCUGCUGGAGCAGCGGCUGCCGCAGCUGCUGCCUACAGUGAUGGCUACGGACGGGUGUACACGACAGACCCUUACCACGCUGCACUAAACCCUGCCGCAGCUGCAGCCUACGGUGUAGGAGCUAUGGCCACACUGUACAGGGGAGGCUACAGUAGAUUUGCGCCCUACUAAAGAUAACCACAUUUCCCAGGAGCUCUCUCAUCCUGUUUUGAACAAUCUAUAAAAGAGCUCCCUCUGCUGUCCAGGAUGGAGAUUGCAACACGUUGACGCAAGUUUGUAGCCUACCAUGGAAACAUUUAUAUUUCAAAAUCUCCUGCUGUCCACUCUUUUUUCGCUUCAAACAAAAAUAGGAAUGCCGUUUUAAAGACUGGUAGAAAGCCUUGACAAAGAAAAGCAAAUAGAAAAAAAAACGUGUAUUUGAACCAAAUGGCCGCUUGUUUCCAUUGCACGGCUGUAUUAUAGUCCCCCUGUUUCUCCCUCUCGACACUCUCAGCAGCACAAGACACAGAAUGGUCGCCCCCAGCUAGCGUACCUCCAGAGCCUAUCAUGUAACUGGUGUCCGGACCGUUAACUGAACACUGAGACAAACCCCCUACCACACGUAUAACAGCCAAGGUGUAAUGUGGCAUGUACUAUACACAACUCAUACAUCAAGAAUGGAGGCGGAGCCUAGUUAUGGAAGACAGAACUGUGACUGCCAGUGUCUGCAGGUCUAUGGAGCCUGAAUGAGCGAGAAACCACAGCAACCGAGCACCAAAAGCAUUUUGGAACAGAAAGACAAUUUGCAAACAAAAUGGAGGAUGUGACUCCAUGUUUCCGCUUGUGUGGGGUGAAGGAGUAUGAGAGAGGAAAUGACAUCAUUGCAGAGAGAGAGAGAGAGAGAGAGAGAGUGGAUGGACUGAUGUUUUUUUUAACACUAUUAGAAAUGACUCACCUCAAACUGAGCAGUAAAAGGAUUAUCAUAGCUGUUCCUUACCUCAAAGUUUUCUUAGUCCGUGAAAAUGGGGAACCUUUAAAAAUUUUAAUUGUUACAAUUAUGCAAAUAAAUUAGUUAGAGAGAGGAAAAAAAGUUACCAAAUUCUUAUUAUUAUUAUUGCUGAUUUUAUAGCGUUGUCUUUAUUGCGUUAUUAUUGUUAGUUUCAGUGGUUCUCUGAGCACACCUCCACACACAUUUUCCACUUCCCUAGAAACGAGGUCCAGGGGCUAGGACUACAGUGUAGAUAAUGUCUGUAUGUCAUUCACUACAGUGGGCAACACUACACGUCCCCUCUACAUAACACAAUAUUAUACCAAACUAAACUUCCAGUGCACAACAUCAUAUUCUCACAAUACUUCACGCUAUACACAAAUCACUCAGAACUAUAUAAUAUUUCAUCACUACUAUAGAGGUACCGGCUGGCUUUUUAUUGCAUUGUGAAUGUUAGGCUGAGACAUAUAUCACUGAUAUCAUUGAAACAACCAGAACCUAGUGUCCUCGAAUAAACUUAUUCAGUUAUAUUUCUUUGAAAAGUUAUGAUAGAGAUGUAUUAUUUGGCUAUAUGAUUGCUUUCCCUAACUUGUUCUGUCUUUUUAGAAGAGCAGGUAAACAUCAAGUACAGUCUUCCUGAGAAUAGCUACGUUGGUAAUAGAUAGUGAGAUUCUGUCAACAGGCGUUGAAAGAGGGACACCAUCAAUAUGACAAAUGUUUAAUGCAAAAUACCAUACUAUUGUGCAUAUUUCUAUAUCCUUAUACUCUAUUUCCAAAUGUGGUUGUUUUUGCCUCUUUUUUUUUUGUUCCAAAGAUUUGUAGAAAAGCACACUUUUAGUCAUGUGUAUGAUAAAUAUAUUAUCGUUCUUGUGGUUAUUAUUAUAAGUGCGGUCUUUUUAUUUGUUGCAUUAGCUCUUGUUAUAUUUUUUUCUAUUGGUAAAUGUUGUUCCUCCUAAAGUAAGGUGACAUUUUCAUUUCCUCCAUCAAGAUUAGUUGAAAUCUGAUAUUUUUUUCCCCUCCUGUGUUGUUUUCUUGGGCAGAGGGGAAUGGACUCUUUAGUAGUUUCAAAGAGGGAGGGAACCAUAGAGGUAUGCCACUAUGACGUCAGCCUAUCUAGUGUUCUAUAUCUAUGGCGUGAACAAAACGGGAAAGCAUGUAAAACUAAACUACCAAACUCAUUUUCUCAAUGGAAGAAACAGGACUUUUUGGUCCAGACUGAAAUAGGGUGAUGGGGGGUUGGCAAGCAUUGGAUUGAGUAUUUUUCCUUCCAAAAAAUAGGGAAGGCUGAAAUGUUCAGGCCUCACAAUUUAUUCCAAGUCCAAAGUUUACAGUAGACAAGAAUACGCUGGAAUGAAUGGUGGCCUGACAAGCACUUCUUCUGACCUGGUGAAGUAACCUAGACUCCUAACAUUUCAGUGCUGAAAUGAGUCGGUUGAGGUUUAAAACGGAUGUGAAGAGCGUAGCGCUCGUGUGCUGUCUAGGUUAAAGGGCAUGCGGUUUUGAAUGAUCCAAGUAUACAAAAGGUUGUAAGUGUUAUCGUUUGGUUUGUACAAUGGUAAAUGUUUCAUAGCAGUUUUACAAAGAAAAUGUUAUGUGGGGCAUGAACUAAUUACUAUGAAACAAUAUUUCUAAAUGCUGCAGUCACUGUUUAUUUUGAAAUGUUUGCUCUAUUUUUCAUUUUAUCUUCGGUUUUCUGGCUGUGUGUACCACUCUUAGUGUGAACUUAAUCUAAGACAUCAACAGGGGUCAAACUCUUCUCUGGUCAUUUGACUUUAUUAUCAUGUAUUGCAAAAAUGGACUGAAAUAUGAAUAACUGAAAAGACAGCGCCAAAGAUAGUUAUUUAUGCCCUAUUUCUUUGGUUACCAAAUUGAGAAACGCAGAGCAAAGUGGAUAAAUGAUUGACAACCUAUUGAACCAAUCAACAUGGGCAACUAGCAUGAUGUCGUUCUCCAGGAAGUAGAGUUUGAGACCCCUGACCUAAAUGUUUUGCAUGAUUUUUCUGUCUUUUGAGAUCAGACUCCAACAGCAUUCGGUUGCAGUAGUCAUCUUUUACCACUAAACUCCAUUGAGAAUGCUAGGCAGCUAGCCCUUUUUUUAUGCUUAGGAUGCUAGUGUAGCAGAGAAGAGCACAGUGCUGGGCAAAACAAAAUGGCCACCACAACGAGGCAAGAACACAAUGGCAACGUUCUAAUUUCCAUACUAGCAUAUUACUUUCAUACCUUGCGACAGUGCUUCAUACUAAGUAGUAUACUUGUGUGGAUAUUGGAACAGAGCCAUGGAGUAGGCUCAUUCCUUGUCAUGUGUUUUGGCUCCUUGUAUUAUAUUAUACAGUGAGGUGGUUCUUUUUAAUCGCUAUAGGUUUCAAAUGGAAGUGACUGUCCUUUUUUGAAUCUCUUCCCCUCUGUCAUGUUUAUCCCUUGGCUGCCAUUAUGCUAUUUUGUUAGUGAAUGUCCAUAUAAAAUCUUUUAUAUCAAAUA